AUGGCCCAAAAAGCGAAAAAGGACCGCGCAAAGUCCAACGCGGCCUCUCUAAACAACCUGCACAUUGGAUCCCUCGUCGUCCACGUGCUGUUCCUGCUCACCCACUUCCUGCUCCGGUCUCGCUCUCUCCUCGUCUACGGCCUCCUCUCGGUCCCGAGCUUCAUCUGCGAAUUCAUCUUGGAAUCUUCCGGCCGACCCAAAUACGAUGCCGCAACGGGGGCUCUCAAGACGUCGGGAGAAGACCUGGCGGCUGCCGGCUUGACGGAGUACAUGUUUGAUGUCAUCUGGGUGACAUGGGCAUCCAUCGUUUCCGUCAUCCUCUUUGGAAACUGGGGCUGGCUCUUAUUUGCCGUGGUCCCUGCCUACGGCGCCUACCUGGGUUAUGGACUUUUUGGCAUGGGCAAGAAUGCGCUGGCCGGGAUGCAAAAUGCUGGCGACGCCGGCAACGCUGCGCCGCAGGGGAACCGUCGAUCACGAAGGACGGCUUAG